AUGUCCUACAAAAGAUCUCGAGCAACAUUCGAGGCCGACCUCCAUGCGCCGUACGCCAUCUUCGGCACCCCUUUGCCUGAAGAGGGCGAACGCGACGAUGGUUCAUACCUCCCAUUGUGGAAGCAGGAGGUGAGGGAUGAGAAGGGCAGGCGGAGGCUACACGGAGCAUUCACUGGCGGCUGGAGCGCAGGCUACUUCAACACGGUAGGCUCCAAGGAGGGAUGGACACCAGCCACCUUUGUAUCAAGCCGCUCAAACCGCCGCAAAGAUGACGCUGGCCACUCGCAGCAGCGCGCCGAAGACUACAUGGACGAAGAGGACCUUGCAGAUGCCGCGGAAGCGCAGACGCUCAAGACCACCCAGGCGUUUGCCGGGCUGGGGUCAUCAACCCAGGAAGAGCUGCGUGCUGGAGGGUUGAUGGGCCUCCUCCGAGCGGACGGAGAUACAAUGGGCUUAAAGCUGUUACGAAGGAUGGGCUGGAAGGAUGGUCAGGGCAUUGGACCCAAAGUGCGACGAAGCGCACGUCUUGACGUGGGCGCCAGUUCCAGCGCAGCAGAUGGCGAGAUGCAUCUCUUUGCGCCAGACAAUGCCGAGGUCAUGCGGUUCAUCCGUAAAACAGAUCGAAUGGGGUUGGGCCACAACGGACAAAGGAAACUUUCUGCGCUGCGCCAUGACAGCAAAGAUGAAAGUGACGAGGAGGAUGUCCCUCGCGAUGGCACAUUGUCGGUUUUAUCUCGGGGCAACACCAAAAAGAAGCCUCAGCGAGGCGGGAUCGGGGUUGGCAUCCUUAACGACAAUGGUUCUGACGACGAGGACGCUUACGAAAUGGGGCCCAAAAUCAAAUACAACCGCGUCAUUGGAGGCGAUAAGAAGAAAAAAGCAAAGAAGCUUUCUGCCGCGGCAAAUCCGUCAUUGAAGAACGCACCAAUCUUCAUACCAAAAACUUCUAGAGUCGGCGGCAGCUUGAGGAGAUGCCAGGAUGGGCGGCUUCCUCUGGAUGGGUUUGUCCUCGCCAGUGCUACGCCGGAUCUUACCGCUGCCUUGGCCAAAUAUGCACCCCCGCCAGUUCCACCAGGCUGGACGUCGUCCAAGGCAGUGAAUGGUCCUGAUCAGGCAGCCAAGUUUAUCUCGGCUGCUGAGGCAGCAAAAUCAUCUACCCUCGAUGCCAAGUCGCGAGCCGCCAUUCUCGGGGAAGCGCCUCUCCCCGGGAAAUCCGUAUUUGACUACAUAUCCGCCGACGCUCGGCAGAAGUUGGCUGCGGCGUCUGGAAGAGCAGACUUGCCACCCGGUCGAGGCGAGGUGCCAGAGGGAUAUGCAAUGUCAGAAGAAGAAAAGCAAGCAAUGCUAUGGGAGCAAGCUCCGAAGCUUGAUCGUGAAACGGCAGUGGCGGCAAUCGCGCGGGGGUUGCGAGGACCUUAUUCAGACGACGAGGCCAAACGGGCUCGCUACAAACGCUAUCUGGAACAUCACACCAACCCCAAGCUGUCGCCUCCGGAGAAGCCCAGAGGAAUGUCCGAUGACGAGUUCCUGCGAGAAUUGACAGAAUUCCACAAUUGCGCGAGGAUUUUCAAGCCCAUGACUGGCUUCAUGGCAUCAAGAUUCACAACGGCUAAAGCGCCGCACGUCAUCUCGGCCGACGCAACACAGAAGACGGAGCUGGUCUCUGUGCCUGAGCCAAAGCUCUCCGAUCUAGCAGAAGAGGCUGCCAAGAUGGGCAUGUUUGGCCAUAUGACGAGGUCGGUGCAAGACUUCUACCCUACGCGAUUACUUUGCAAGCGAUUCAACGUGAAACCCCCUGCACACGCUCGACGAGAUGACGAACCCGAAAGCGGCAAGGCAACGUCAGGCUCGAACGCAAGGCCGGCAGCUUAUGGUAAUCCAAUGGACGAUGUAGAGAUGCCCGUGCUAUCUGCAUCUCGAACGUUGAAUGAAUCCCCCGUGGGCGCCGGUGCACCCGCCGCAGCGACGCCUGGGACAACGAUACCACCUGUCAAGCAGAACCCGACAAUAGAAGGCCAAGCAGGCCAGGUUAAUCCCGACAGAAACGAAGCUGUAGAGGGGCAGACGGCCAAUGUUGACGUCUUACGAGCCAUUUUCGGGGACAAACAAUCCGCCACAUUGUCUGAGACGGACGAGCCUGGAACCGGACCGUCUGAGUCCUCGGAGCUGAUCGAGGCCAAAGUGCAUCGCCAGCACGAGCACGAGCACGAGCGUUCCGCAGCUACAGCCACCGCUGCCCAACAACAGCUGGAUCUCGAACUAGGUCACGACGUUGCAGAGGACGAGAGCGCCGCCCACGAGGCCGAGCAGUCGCCGCCGCCGCAGUAUCCCGUCUCGGAGGCUUCGUCGUCUUCCCGCCCGCCGCCGUUCUCCUCGCUCUUUUCGUCGGUCCAGGACCACUCAAGCGGCGAGCCCUUUGGGAAGUUUCCUGCCGUCGCCUCGGAAGGAAGCGCUUCUGCAUCCGUUGCCGCUCCAGCAUACGGCCACGACUCGGAUUCCCGCGCCCCGGAGCCGUUCGAUCCUAAUCAGGCCGCUGCGCGCGCUUUCCAAGACCCUGUCGCCGAGACCAAGCGCGCUCUCCCCAGAGACACCAAGGGAGAGUCGAGUCGCAAGGACGACGACGCCGAACCGCCGCCCGCUUACUCGGAGGGGGAUAGUCCUCUCCUAACAUUUUCAUACGUCAUGGCGGCCGCUGGAGGAGCGUCGAGUAUUAUUACUCAGGUUCAGCAAGGCGGACCACCUAUCAAUGCCAUUGGAGAUGUCGGUGCUGACGAGACAAUCACGAUGGACCUUCGAGGUACCAGAUUUGUUCUCUCUCGCGACGAGCUGCUCACCCUGCCCGAGUUCGUUCUGUUAUCACUUUUUCCCAAUGGGCUAUUCCCUGAGGGCCACAUGAGCGGGUUCCCCGACAGCGAUGCAGUUCAAGUUGACUAUGAUCCAGCAUCACUACAAUACAUGCUGGACUUCUUCCGGAAUGUGGCCCAGUCAAUCCCUACCGAGUCAUCGCCUGGCGCGUCUCAGGACGGGGAAAUCGUCCCGCUGGAUCCCAUGGGCUCCCGGGAGGAUACCUCGAAGAGAGCCGGCAUUAUCGUGCUGAGAGAGGAUCUUGAUUUCUAUGCAAUCACGCCCAACGCGACCAUCACCAAGCCCGACAUGAUCGAAGUCAAGCGUGCGGCAGCACGUGCGUUGCUUAAGCAGGAUGGCAUCUUUUCUGGGCUGAAACGAAGCGAUGAACCCGGAACGACUGAGGCUCACCUGAUUGAGAUGCUGACAGCAGGAGGCUUCAACCACGAUGAUCGCUGGGGUCACCGAGCAGGCGAACCUAACAAGGCCGUCAUUUGCAGUCUUGCACUGGCUCGGUUGCGCAGCGACAUUCGCGGCAACGAAAUGGGCAACAACGCUGUUGGCAUGGCUCAGAAGCUGCUCCUCUUCUGGCGAAAACCGGCCAGGCGGUGCUGGUGGGAGGGCAUUGAGCUGGAAAACGUCGAGGGUGUCGAGGGCAAGCUCAAGGUAUGGAUUCGGCGAGUGUGGACGUUGGAGAUGAGUGUUAUUGGACUUCGUUGA